CGCCACCAGCUCUGGCCGAAUCACAAGCUGUCGAGACGGAGAGCCGCGCGAACGCGUUUAAAAAAAAAUAACAUUUGAAAUUCGAACGUCUAUAUUCUCGCGUCAUUUAUUUGUUGUGUGAUUACAUUUAAAGCGUGUGUUUAUAAAUAUAAAGAUGGAGGGCUGCGGAAUGAAUUGUAUAAAAUAUCUUCUGGUUGUAUUUAACGCGCUGUUUAUGGUCUUCGGUAUCGUGAUCAUAGCAGCAGCAUGCGUGGACAUGGGAAUGAUCAGGGACUUCGCUGGGAUGGAGACGACUGGUCACGAGACGGAUGUCGUGUUGAUUGUCGUUGGUGUGCUGAUCAUUAUCGUGGCCGCCUUCGGCUGUUUCGGAGCUUGGAAGGAGAGUCCUAAGCUCCUGUAUCUUUUUGCCGGAUUUCUCAUCCUUAUCAUCCUAUUGGAGUUGUCCGUGGGAAUCGCUGCAGCUUCCUUACGCCCGCAAAUCGAAGGUACCUUGAAGACCCAACUGCGUGCCUCCUUCAUCAAAAACAAGUCCACACGAGAGGAAGACUCUACCUACAGGGAGUUCUGGGAUCGCGUUCAGAGAAACCUGGAAUGCUGUGGAGUCACCGGUCCUGAUAACUACGUAGCCUCUGAGCCUCGCCUGAACCCAUCGUUCAGCUGCUGCCCUCCAGAUGACACUGACCGCGCUGAUGAAAUCAAACGCUCCGACUGUAUCUCCCUCUCCAAGUACUACCAGGCAGGCUGUGAGGACAAGGUCCUUAGUACCGUACACAGCGCUGGCAUGACUGUCAUUGUUUGCGGCAUACUCUUCUGUUUCUUGGAGGUUAUAGGAAUAGUGCUCGCACUUUGGCUCGCCCACUCCAUCAAAACACAAGACAAGGGACGAGAGACCGCUUAAAAUAUUAGUCAAAAGCACCAUAUUGAAAUAAAAUUAUUUAUUUUUACACGAAAAUGUUUAAGAAAUGGUACUUUUUAAUCUAAUUAAUAUUAGAAUUAAAAAAACUUUUGUUAUAAAUAAAUUAAACUCUCGAUCAUUAUCAUCUCAAGUUGAAUGAAAUUUAUUCAAUCAUGAAAUUACACAACAAUCAUAACAAAUUAUAGUAAGUAAUAUUAUGUAAUACGAAUAAAUAUUAAAGGUACCACAUUUAGCACUAAGCUGAAGCGAUCGUAUUAUGACGAAAUUUUACAGAAUAAUAAUUGUCAAAUUGUCUUUUAAAUGUCAUUGUCUUUGAAUACUAAAAUUUGAUUUAAAUAUAUGUAUAUAAUCGGGAGUUUACUAUGUCAUAUUCACAUACAUGUAUAAUAUAUAUUAAAACAUUGAUUUAAAAAUUGAUAAAAACCUUAAUUGUAAUUAUUAAAAAUAUUCUUUAAGUCUAGCACUGAAUUUGUUAAAGGUGCUAUAUUAUUUGAUCCAAAAAUAAAUAUAUUUAAUUAAUAAUAUUUUUUCUAGAUAUUAAUAAUUAAUUAUAUUUAUUUAUUAUUAUUUAUUUUAAGAUAUAAUUACAUUAAUUUUGAUUGUCAAAAUCAAUUUAUUAAAGAGUAAUUAUAACUAUAUUUAAGCUUGCAACACUCUAACAUUAGUAAAGCGUUUAGUGAUGUGCGUGUACCAAUGUGUAUCGAUUGUCGAUAUAAUUUAAAUGUAUUGCAAUAUUAAAAUUAAAUAUAUUUUUUAUGUAAUUUAACCCACCUUAUCUGCUAGUACAAAGAAUAUUGUUGUAAAAAGUCUAUGAGAGAGGCAUUAUCAAAUAUUUUAUUGAACCUUAUAAUAUUAGGAUAUUUAUUGUAAAUUGCACAGGUUUCUUUGACAUUAAAUAUUUUAAACAUUUACGAGUAUUUAGGACUUUUGCAACUGAAUUUGUCGUAAUUGUUAAUAAGCAUUUACUAGUCAAAUAGUGACAGCAAAGUUAGACGUAAAGAUAACCUUGAGUAAGACAUUUACUUUAGUAUUGUUUUAAAGAAUUGCAUUUUAGGUACAUGAUAUUUGUUAAAUUAUUAUUAAUAAAAAUCUCUGUAUAUUUUUUAAUUAAGUAUUUUUUUUAAUUGUAUAUAUUUAUUUAUAAUCAAUUUUAUUAUAUUGAUUGUAAUUUGAAUUAAAACCACUAAAUU